AUGAAGUCAGCAACCGCUACGAAAUCUCCGAAUGGCCACGGCAGCUGUUACAAGGAGGUGCGCUUCUCUCCUACCGCCACGCCCAUCAUGCGUCGUGCGCAGUCGUUGCCCGUCAACCAUCCCUAUCACAUGAAUCCCACGCUUGGCACCCAGGGCGACUCCUCGGUCUCGAGCGUAAAGUACCUCGACCAGGCCCAGUCACUCCUGGAUCGACAACGAGCGAAUUUCGAAAACGAGAGAUCCCUUUUUGCCGAAGAAAGGCAAUUGUGGGAGCAGGAGCGCUCGUUACUGAAAUCCAAAAUCGCGGACCUCGAAUUGCUUCUGAGGCACAACGGGGCUACGGUCGCUGGUUCGACCUCCCCUCCGGGCGCCUCGGCUCCCCACUCGUCCAUGAUCUUCCAGAGCUUGCCCACGAACUGGUCGGAGUCAGCUCAUAACCCUCAGGUCUGGGAGGGGUCCAGCCCUGGCUCCCGACCCACCAGGGUUUUUCCCGAGGCGGAGAAAUUAGUAGACAGUCAGACCUCAUUGUCGGAGCAAGGAGCUACCCUGUCGAACCCUUCCCUUGACUUUGCGCUGUCACCCCGGUCCCAUGCGACCGACUCGACGCCCGGAUCUACUAUGUCCGUGCCGAUUGAAAAGCUCGACAGCAGAUUGGAUGGCAUCACGCUGAAAUCCACCGCGCUGCCGCCAGAAAUCUUCGCCCGUGUGAUGACGCCUCCAUCCCCGCUUUCUCGGGAGACAUCUCCCUCUGCCUCUCAGAAGGCUGAAAACAAACCCGGUUUCAAGCUCCGACUGUCUGAGCUGGGACCUCCUGAGAGAAACCUUGUCAGGGAUGCUGGGCACACCCCCAUGGCCGUCAUCGAUCGGGAUAUGGACACGGAGCUGCCUUCACCCACUGAAGGCACCAUCAAGGAGGAGAACGAACCCCUUACUCCGCGGGCGCUUCGGCAACCUGCAGAAAACUCCGAUUCGUAUUUCGCCAACCUGCCCGACGACCCGGCUCUGAAGGGGCCCCUCUCCCUAGUGAACGACGAGGAGCACGACAACGACUUUCUCAAGGAGCUAGAUCAAAAACUCCUGGGCGAGGCGAGACACGUUCUAGGGUUGUCUGGACCAACCGAGGAGUCGAAAGAGUCCGAGACCGACGCCUCAAACUCUGGGGAGCAAGAACCGGAGCUGAAACUCAGAAGCACCACCAAUUUUGGCACGGCCUUUGGAGAUCUCGAGCUGGAACGAUACCUAGCGAAACAAUCGUUUUUGGCAUAA